AUGCUCAAAGCCGGGGCGUUGGCGAAAAAGAAGCGGCGUGAGAAGCAGUACCUGUUGCAGCUCACGCAGCAGCAGCUGUUGCAGGAUAGACUGGUGAGAGACAAGUUGCUGGAGGCAGCAGCCAGCAAGGAGAGAGAGUUCGUGAGGCUCUCUGGAGAGGUCGAAGCAGGCCGAACAUUCGUGAAGGAGUUGGACCGCAUUCUGGGCAUCGCAGACGAAGCGCAGCAGGGCAAAACUCUCAAGCAAUACCAAGAGUGGGACGCAAAUGUCCACGGGGCGAUCCAGGGACGAAUCGACAAGGUCCUUGAUAAAAUGUCUUCCAAAGACAUCAACGAGCGCAGGAGGGGAGAUCUGGACAAGUUCCUGACGACCACCAACACCAAGGCGGCCGUGUUCCGCGAUAUCAUCAUCGAGUCAGAGUACGACCCGCUCGAGCCCAACCGGCGGGCGGUCAAGGCCAAAGUCGGGCACCUCAGGGACCCCUGCAGUCGCGUACUCGACAAGCGUGCUGAGGAGAACGGGCUCCUCGCCGACGAGGGCGCGGGCGGCGCGGGGGCCAUGCUCAGGGAAUCAUUCGACGUGAUACAAUGGGAAGAAAGAAAAGUACACGACACGCCGCAUGGCUUCUUUGCGAAGAUGAUGGGCCGGGAGGCGGCCAGAAACAAGAUGGGAGGCGCGAAGACAACCAGCAAGACGUACAGGUCCACGAUCAAGAUGGACGACUACAACGUCGACCGCGGAAGGGAUAUCGUGACGAAGGAGUUUCCCAAGGGCAAGAAAACGUACGCGGCGGGAGACGAGUUCGCCCCCCCAUCCAGCGAUGCCAAGAGUCUGAUUGGGAUGGGAUGAGGGGGUAGUCGAUGGACGAGCACGGACAAAAGCAAGUGCCUACGGUUGGUGUUGCCAAACCAGGAGGACUCACGUCUCUGGUGAUCAGUAGGAAAACGAAGAAUAUAUGUCGCGCUGGAAUAUGCCGCUGCUUGAUGUGACGAGCCAACCCGGGGGGGGGGGGUCGGCAACAACGAAACACAUACCGACCUGGUUGGCGAGGUAAGACAAGUAACCUCCUCAUACCUGCUGUUUUGUGUUGAUUUCCCUGUGUACUAACUGUCAUGCUGUUCUAGUGUGUUUUUCCUCUGGUUGUCGCUGUGCUGUCGGUUGUGUUGAUGGUAAAUGAAGGCCUGAUGAGCCGUUCGUUGUUGUUGUUGUUGUUCUGGCGUGGGGAACACGCGGGAUGGAGUUGUCGAUGAUGGCAGUAGUCCAUUGCCUGCGGAGAAACAAGCGCCCGUCGCGGCUCCCCCGAACAAACAU